ACAAUUAUACAGUUGUGGGGCAGAAAAUGUACAUACUUUGAUGUCAUAUAUUUUAUAUUAAAAUUCAAACUGCUACUAGAAUAGAAUAGUAGACAAUUUAAUGUAACUAACAAAAGCCAAAUGUGUAUUGUCUCUUUCAAGCAAAAAGGUCCUGGCUUUGAAAUCAUUGGCUGUUGAAAUGGAUGUAAAUCAUUUAAAAGUUCGGUUCUCUGCAGACUUGGACCAGUGGGAACCGCUCUGGUCUCUUAUUGUGGUAUCAGAUCUAAAUACUAUCUGUUUCAUUCAAAUCCCAACGAGGCAACAGCAGCAAUGAAAAAAGAACAAUACUUACGAAAUGUAUGAACAGUGUAUUUAUAAUUAGAAAUGAGGUUUUCACAGUUUUUCUUUUUUUUAAUACAGAACUUGCAAAGUAAUAUAAAUGUAUAUGUUUUAACUUACAUUUAUAGAAGAUACAUGUUUCCUUAAGAAGUAUGUGUAUCAUUAUAUUAGAUAUAAAUAAAAUAUAUUUCAAGGAAAAGUUGUGCAAAGUAUUUUGUAUUCUCCAUUCCUCUGCACGCGAGGAACCGCUAACGGGAACCGUUCCGGUCUGCAGCUCUACCGGUCUGCAGCUCUACCGGUCUGCAGCUCUACCGGUCUGCAGCUCUACCGGUCUGCAGCUCUCGUUAACCCGACCCGUGAACUCGUCUCCAUCGAACCGGUCGGAUGUGAACAAUUGAUUACGCAACAAUCUCCCAUCAUGCUUUGCGCGAGCUCUUCGCAGAAAGCCUGAUGAGCAGCCCGGAGCGGAGCAGGCGGCCAGCCGAGGGGGGGUAGCCGAUACCCGGAGAGCUCGCUCGCUGCGCGGCGCCCGGACCCUCAGCUCUGACGGCAGCGGAUGGAAACCGAGACAAAAGCGUCAGCCGCCAUGUUGCUCGCGGCCGGAGGAGCGCCGCCGUCGGGCCUGUGAGUGUCGGCCGCUCCGCCGCCGCCUCUUCGGGGGAUCCUGCCGCCCCGAGUCCGUCCCCACCCGCGGCACCGCCAGGCGAUGACAGCGGCUACAGCGGCCACUCCGCAGGGCAUGAGGGACCGGCUGCUGCAGGCCGUCGACGGCCAGAGCAACAUAUGCAACAUGGUGGUCGUGAUGGAGGUGAUCUCCUUUUUGGAGAAGACCCCUAUCACCAAAGAGGCGCUGGAGGAAACCCGUCUCGGGAAGCUCAUCAACGACGUCCGGAAGAAAACCAAGAACGAGGACCUGGCGAAAAGGGCCAAGAAGCUGCUGCGGACCUGGCAGAAGCUCAUCGAGCCAGGGAAGGGGGAGGGGUUGUCCAGAGCGCACGGCGGGGCAGCCUGGUCCUCCCACGGCGCUGCUCAUGCCUGCAUCUCCACCCUAGCUGCCACCACAGCGUCGGGUAAAACGGGCCCCGAGCUGAAGAACAGAAACGACUUUAACAACUGUUCCUCGCCGCGCAGCAGGAAGCGUAAGGCCGACCAGAAGGACGGAGCGCUCCUCCCGGCCAAGAUACCCAAAACGACUCUUAGUGAUCAAAUACAGAACUCCAAACAGCUGCCGACCAACGGGAUCGGUGGUAGCGCCGACGUGUUUACAGAAACUCGUGCACAUCAGUCUUCGGAACGGGAGAUUUCUGAGCCGUCGGACAACGAACGGCUCAAUAAGAUCCCCGUCAACGCGGUGAAGCCUCACCCGAGCGCCCCGGGGUACGUGAAGCCUCCCAGCACGUCGUCUCUGCUCAAGGCCUCCGUGUUGCAGCAGCAAGCCAGGCAGGAGAGGGCGUUCUCGGGGGGGCAGUGUCGACCCAGAAGCCCACGCUGUUCCAUGCCCAGUCCGCAGACGCCAAAGCAGGAAUGUGGCGUCAAGCAGACUGCGCCGCAGGGUCCGGGUCUCUCGAGCCCCGCUGCGAGGCCGGGGGCUGCGGACCCCUCGGGGCCGGGGCCGUCCUCUCAGCCGGGGUGUGUUCAGGCUUUGCCCUCAGGCGGGUCAGAUGUGGAUUCUCAGAGCAGGCCUCCCAGCACGUCUGUUCACAAGUCUUAUGCCUCCACCUGCAGCGACGGGCUCCGUCUGGAAGACGACGGUCCGGUCAACCACUCAGAGAAAAGGAAAAGACAGAAGUACCGGCCGAAGGACCACGCGGCGACUGUCGCUGCUCAGACCGUACAGGACGACACGAAGCCGGUCCGGUUAAAAGACCGGAGGCUGACUUUUGACGCUGUAACCGGACAGAUAAAAUCCUCCUUUCAUAAGGAGUCCAGCCAGGAGGGAGGGGUCAGACCGGGCCACGGGCCUGAGGCUCAGAGCCCAGAACCGCCUAAGCAGAACCCUCUGGUCUCCCCCAGUCCCUUCCAGCAGACUGACUGGAAGGAGCUGUCGAGGAGCGACAUCAUCCAGUCGUACCUCAGCCAGCAAAGCAACGUCCUGACGUCGUCGGGCGCUCACCCCCCCGGCGCUCACUUCUUCAUGAGCGACUUCUUGAAAAAGGAGGAGCACCGAAGUUCAGACGUCAAGGAAACACACGUGCUGGCACCGGAACUCCCAGCCAGAGAUUUACCGGGAGUCGGCCGAGAGGUGGUGGAGGAGGACUUGGACCGGUUACACCGGCAGCACUGGGCCGGGGUGAACGGCUGUUGCGACACGAAGGGCGCCUGGUACGACUGGACGGAGUGCGUCUCUCUGGACCUGCACGGGGACGAGAGCCGGCUGAACAUCCUGCCCUACGUCUGUCUGGAUUGAGACCGAGCUUCUAAAGUGAGGCGUGACGGCUGCCUUCACCGCGCGGCGGAGCGCCUCAGCCUGCGAGGGAAGGCGUUGGGCGGUGCCGGCUGCUCGGCGUGCAGCACCAGGCUGCCGUCGGUGUUCUCUGAGUCUGAGCGUUGUGCUGCAGCGUGAGCGAACCGGGCGAUGCAGCAUCUUCAGAUCACAUGAAGCUGUGUGGCUUCACCUGAUUUUCUUCAUCCACGUACAUUUAAUCCACCGUGCAGUAUUAUUUAUUUCAUAUUUAAGUUACAUUUUUAACUACCGGUAAUGUUUUUUAUUAUUAACAUUAUCGCCUAUCAAUAGAGUAGUAAGCUACCAACAGAUACGUCUCCCAACAAGCUUCUUGUUAACCUUUGAAGGCUUUAGCUGUUAAAGAUGAACUAUCUUCCAGAAGAUAUCAUCGUUACCGCUGUGGAACAUGUGAAACAUGUUUGGGUCAGUUGUCGUGAACCCUCUGAAAGUCUCCUGCAGAAACAGAACCGACACGUCAGCUUUAAAACAACGAGUGUUGUUGUUGUGUUUGGAUGCUGUUCAUAAGGCUGUGGGCUGAGAAACGCUGGUAUGGUGGCUGAAAAAUGCACGUUGCAAAGAAAUGUGGCUGUCAUGUAUGAUAUUUAUUGCUAUUUACGUAUUAAUUUUAAGAUUUACAUGUUCAGGCUAUACAAACAUUUUAGUUUUAUUUGUUUUAUUCAGCAGAGACGGUCCAACCUCCAUUCCACAGGAAACUCCAAAAAGACACAUUCUGAUAAUGUGAGCUUUAUUUUAUACAGGCCUUUUCCCUUUAUGUGUAUUUAGGAUGUACAAUAUGAAUUUAACUGGCGGGCCAAUGAGCGCUAUGGCUCGCACCUUUGUACUGUCGGGAAGACGUGAGAUAAAUUGACAUGCUGGAUACUUAACAUCAUUCCUGUAGAUAUUGUUUGCCUUAUGGAAACCUGUGUUUUCCCUAAAGACAGAGCCUUAGUGAAUGUACAGAAAUGGGCCUUUUGUGUUCCAUCGAAUGCAGAAGAGAUCCUAUUUGCUACUUCGUCCUUUAAGUGGACAUGUUAUGUGUUAAUAAUAAAAAACUGAAAGAAU